AUAUUAUAACAUAUUUAUAUAGGAGUAAUAUUUUUCUCAUUGAAUAAAUUCUCCAGAUAUGUAUAAAAUGCAUGAACAAUAUAAUAGUACAAGCAUACUAAUUUUUAAUUGAUCAUAAAUUUUCGUUAAUAAAUAGUCAUACUAUAAAGUAAAUAUUCUUAUUAAACAUUUUCCGAGCUUAAAUUUAUUAGCUAAUCUUUUUAGAACAGUUAAUAUUUUUAUAAUUAGCUCAUCUAUAAGGUGAUAAUUUUUCUAAACAAUGCAUUGCACUAUACUCAAAAUUCAAAGUAAUAUAUUUGGGUGAUACAGAUGGAAUGAAAAAGUUAAUGAUUACAUUUGAAGUCAAAUAUUUUAUAUUAGAAUCUAUUUCAUUGUUCAAAUACUUUUGACUAUUUAAUUAAAAAUAUAAAUUUACUGACAAAUAAAUUUAUUUUUUAUAAACGAUCGAAGAGUUUCUUAGAACAGUUUUAAUCAGGAGAUGGUGUAAUUUGCGAAAUAUAAGGGAACUAAAUAAAAAAAAUUGAGGGAACUAAAUAAAUAAAUUAUUUUUUGUUUUUACUUUGAAAGAUAAUUAAAACUGAAAAUACAGAGAAGAAUGAAUAAAUAAACGAAAAGAAGAAUUAACGAAAAAAGAAUUUUUCAGAUACUUUUGAAAAAUUAAGACUAAUUAAGAGGAUAUUAAAUAAAUGAUUUUUAUAACUUUGCUCUAAACCAGGAAGCAGUUGUUGCUUAACAAAAUAGAUGAAAAUAUUGGUUUCAAGAUAUUCGAAUUAAAAACUUGAUUUAAGAUUUUCAAACUAAAAAUGGAUAAUUUGCAACCAGAACUUAUAAAAGAAGAAGAACUAACCAUCGAACCAGAAAUAGUUGUAAUAAAAGAAAAUACAGACAUAGUUCCUUCAGUUGACAAACAAGAGUCACCUCCAAACAUAAACAUCAUAAAAGAUAACACCAGUAGUCAGCAAGAACUACGUGAGGGUAUUAUACUACUGAUAACAUCGGAUACAGGCAGUCAGCGUUCAUUAACAGGUUCACCCAAUAAUCUUUCUGAGUACUAUUUGCUGCCUGUAUCUUCAGAAACUCUCACAGCCCACAGACGACACUCUUUGAGAGAUCAAUCCGAUAAAAAUCAUCACCACCACCACCAAGAAAGAAAGGCUUCGUGUCCUGAUACUGGACUACAUGUUAGUCCACUUAAAAGUAGAAGAAACAGCUCCUGUAGUCGAAAUUCUGAGUUAGACAUCAAUAAAGACAGAUUAACUCCGUCCUCCUUUUCAAGUAGACGUGCCAGCAACGCAAGCGUUUGCCAUUCAAGAAGAUCCUCCAAUUGCAGCAUCGCUGGAGUACAUCGCAAGAAUCGCAGCAGGAGAUCCAGCGUUAGUAGCGUUAGUCAUAGUCGCAGAUCUAGCUCACCCAGUCACAAGUCUAGCAGCAACUGUAGUCGUCGAUCUUCGCACGUAGAUUCUGAUGAUGAUUCAAUUCUUCAUCACCACCAUCAUCAUAGGGGAUCCAGGACCAGCUUGGAUCCACUACAUCCAGGCUCUAUAGCUUUCGUUGAUAUUAAUGGUGUCAGUAGGGACUCGAACUUACUCCCCCAUCAGGCAAAAAAUGGACUAUCUGAAAAUGAGGAAUUAGAAGUUAAUGGCAUACCACAAAGUCACAGAAAGAUUAUCAUCAUGGUUAUUGGAUCUAUAUCGAUCUUCAUUUUGGUGAUGUCGGUGGUCCUUAUUGCUGUUUCAUUGUCUUUGUCGCCGACUAUUGACGAUUUGGUGAUCCAAAGAGAAAAAGAACGAGAACUGAUAAACAAAGUAUGUUGCUUGGAACAAGGACUGAACGCAACAGAUACCUGACAAUAAGACUUCUCAUUCUUUAAAACAGUGGAACAUUAAAAUGUCGAGGAUGCAUUUUGAGAGGUUAUACGAAAAUUGCUUCUUUGAGGGAAUAACCUGAUAUGUAAAAAAUAUGAAGAACAGCUGUUGUUUGCGGUUAAUCUACUGUUUAUAUUUCAAUGUAAGACAAAUAUUUAUGCUUCGAACAAAUGUAUGUGCCAAUAUAUUGUAUUUGAUCUAAAAAUAAAGAUAAAUAAGGUCUCUAUAUUA